AUGGGCACGAGGAGCGGAAGCGGAUCGCCGUCGCCUCCGGGCAACGUAGCCGCCGCCGCCGAGCCGGACGCGGGCCGCUUCGACGCCACCGUGGUGCUCGACAGCGGCUCCGAAGACUCCGACUCGGCAGACGACGAGGACCCGGCCCGCGCGUCUCCCGGCGGCGGCAGUCGGGGCGUCAAGCGGGAGAGGGACGAGCGGGCGCCGCUCGGCCGGCCGCCCCCCGGCGCGCCGGAGGCCAAGGCCGGCAAGAAGACUCGCGGCAGGGUCAAGAUCAAGAUGGCCUUCAUCGACAACAAACUCAGGAGGUACACGACGUUCAGCAAGAGGAAGACGGGCAUCAUGAAGAAGGCGUACGAGCUGUCGACGCUGACGGGCACGCAGGUUCUGCUCCUGGUGGCCAGCGAGACGGGUCACGUGUACACGUUUGCCACGCGCAAGCUUCAGCCCAUGAUCACGUCGGAGACGGGCAAGGCGCUCAUCCAGACGUGCCUCAACUCGCCCGACUCGCCGCCGCGCUCGGACCCCUCGUGCGACCAGAGGAUGAGCGCCGCCGGCUUCCAGGAGACCGACCUCACCUAUCAAGUGAGCGAGGCGGCCGACGCCCGCCCCGACGCCGCCAAGGACCUCAACAAAGUGGUCGCGAGCGCUUUGGGCACGCCGCCCGCUUCGUCCUCGCAGACGGCCGCCGCCGGGCCGCCGCUGGAGUCGUCGGCGGGCGUGCUCUUUCCCGCCGGGUUCGCCCUGAUGUCAGGGGGCGGAGUCUCACCGGUGCCGUCAGUGCCCGUCCCUCAGGUCUUCCUGGCGUCCCUUCCGCCCGUCGCCGCCCAGAUCCCCGUCUCCGCCGUGCAGCUGCACCCGAUGAUGUUGAGCCAGCAGAACGGCGGAGGCGGAGCUACCCUGACAGAGCUUCAACUCGUCAGUCUGGACGCGCCGCAGGCCGACUGACGCUCGACAAGUUCGCCCCACCCCCUCUGAGCGUUCAAUUUGUUUCAACGGAUUAAAAUGUACUUUUUUUU